AUGAUGGUACACUGCACCAUGCGGACGUUGUACGGGUACGGUGUGAUGUUGUCGGUGGUAAUACUGGUGGUGCUAGAUGGAAGUGCAGCUACGAUAGAUAACGCCACGGGUGCGGUUCGCGAGAACUCGCUAUCGAGUGUGCCUGCGAUAGUGAUUGAGCCAUCGAGCGUUGCACCUGAAGCUACCGAGCUAGAUACCGGCCGCAUGUCGUCUACUUCAACGAUUGCAACAGACACGAUCACCACCACCAUCACCAGCACAAUUGUCAGCUCAACGGAAGUAGCACCAACAACGACGUCAUCAAUAUCUACCAAUAAUGAGGCCACGCGGACCGUGACGACAACAACGACGGCCUCGAUACCAACAACGGAGGUUAGCUCGGUUGAGCCGAAUCAUCAACCACGCUCCACCUCAGCCGAUGACUUUCCACCGAAUUGUUCGGAAUUCAGCGCCGCUCCCAUCCAUCUGAUGUACAGCGAGAAGGCACGCAUCCGCAAGUGUUGCCCACCGGGCCAGAUGAUACAACCGCGCGACAACUUCCAGUACGAGUGUGUCCCCGGCAGCCGCGAGCUACAGAUCGAAACGAUCGAGGCACAAUUCUACGGCAACAAUGAAUGCGUGGAGGUGUCCGGCGAGCAGGUUGUGCUGCCGAUCGAAUCACAAGAUCUGUGCGAAAGUGAUCCGAAUGCGCUGAUGUACAGUGCGGAUCAGGGCGACGAGCUGUUUGUGCUGCAGAAUGGAUCACUGUUGGUGCUGGAGCUCGGAUCGCUCGUAUCGGUGUUCGAUAGUUACUGUGUGGAGAUGACAAGCGAUGCCCAGCUAUUGGCGAAGGUGUGCGAACACAUGCGAAUCGAUCGUGUUGGGGUGCUGGAGUUUUUCAUGCUGUUCGGUUCGCUGCUCUCGGUGCUGGCCCUGCUAUUUACCGCACUGUGCUACUCGUUUGUGCCAAAGUUGAAAGAUACCUUUGGAUAUCUUAUCGCGGUGCAUGCUGGCACGUUUGCCAUUGGGACGAUAUUUUUUGGACUAGCCCGGUGUGGUGGUCGGUGUAUCGAUCAGGGACAUGUCGAUUUCACCGAUAUGGUAUCGAACGCACUGCUUGGUAGCUCGAUUUUUGCCUUCUUCCUGAUGAACGUAUACAACGCAAUGUACGUGGCGUACUACAUACCGAAUGGGCUGGAAUAUGAGAACAAGAACAAGCUCGACAUGUAUGCGUUCCUGGCGGUGCUGUACUGCAUUACCUUAAUACCACUAUUUCUAUUCCCCAAGGGUGGUCUGAUAUGCAUCGUGUUUUUGUACUUUGGCGCCAUUGUAGUCGCACAUAUCUUAUCGUCAUACUACACGCGAAGGCUCACCUCGGGCAUAUACCUACAAAUAAGUGGUCAAACGAAGAUUAAUCAAACCCGGCUGAACGACAUCAAUGGACAGAGAUGCCUCUGCCUGAUGGAGACGGUGGCCGCCCUUGCUUUUUGGAUCGUUUUGGCCGGUUUAAUACUCUCCAACAGUAUGACCGGCUGGGCACGGAUCGUCGCCGUGUACUGUAUCGUGGUGCAAGGUUUAGUUAUCGGAGUGCUGUUUGUGGCCGGCCAACAGCGGUGGAUCAUUCUGCGGGAGUGCUGGAGCAACUCGGGCUCGGUCGAUUUGCGUGCCGUGGAGAAUGGGGUGGAGAUGAAAACGUUCGCAAAACCACGUGCACUAGUAGAGGAAACGGAGGACGGCGCGUAG